GCAAGAACCACACCUCCUCCCUUCGCCUGUGAUCAUGUCGUCUUGCUGCGGCGGCAAGUGCGGGUGCGGCUCCAGCUGCUCCUGCGGCAGCGGAUGCAACGGCUGCGGUAUGUACCCUGACGUGGAGACCGCCGCCACCAGCAGCGUCAAGACCACGGUCCUCGCCGCGCCGACCACCAAGGCCAGCGCCGGCGGCUUCGAGGCGGCCACCGAGGGCGGCGGCUGCGACUGCAACACCUGCAAGUGCGGCACCAGCUGCGGCUGCUCCUGCUGCAGCUGCAACUGAGCUGGCCCGGCCCGGCGAUGGCGCACGAGAGUCGAGAGGAGGAGGACGACGACGAGGCGUAUAAAUAUAAUAGCGGCGUCCAGUAAAUAAGAUCCUGUCAACUGCACCCGCCAUUAUCCAUGGUCGCUCGCUCCUCGCCUGCGUCUCCUGGUCCUGGGGUUCGUCUGAACGUCCUCGCGGCUUCACGACGGCGAUGCCGCCUCCGUCGAUCCUGUCCGUCUCGUGCCGGAUUUAAUAUUAGAUCUAUAUGCGUGUUUUUCUGCGUUAUUACU